AUGGCAACGUCCGCGGUAUACUACAAGUUCCGCUCGCAGCGUGAGCCGCAGAGGCUCACGUUCGACGGAACGGGCAUCAGUGUAUGGGAACUGAAGCGCGAGAUCCUGUUGCAAAACAAAAUGGGCAAGGGCACUGACUUUGAUCUGUGCGUGUACAAUGCCGAUACCGACGAAGAGUACAAAGACGACAAUUUUUCGAUUCCGCGCGCGACGCAUGUCACUGUGCGUCGACUUCCCGCAUCCAAGCCAGGGCGCGGCACGGCGCAGCUGUAUGUGACAGACACAAUGGCACCCACAGCUGCCGCUGGGCUAGAUGUGCCCGCGCCGCCACCGACGACGGCCGCUCCAAGCAUGCCGUACCGUGGCCCCAUGUCCAAGCGCUUCGAUGGACGCGAUGCCCCCGCUACGUCCGAGCCGUCCGCCCCCAUCCAGUCUGCUGUGAUAGACCAUCAGCAGGAUGAGGCGUCCAAAAUUGCUGCCAUGUUCCAGGCCUCCACCGAGCAGUGGGAAGAAACCCAGGAGCGUAUGGCCCAUGCGACGUACCGUGAGCGUAGUGGUGCACCGCGCCGCGGUCCACCGACGGGACGGUAUGCGCCGCCCGCCGUCGAGCGACCCCCGCCCCCACCUGGCUUUAUCUGCUACCGCUGCGGCCAAAAAGGCCAUUGGAUCCAAGACUGCCCCACGAACGACAACCCCGAGUACGACAACCGGCGUUUUAAGCGCACGACGGGUAUCCCAAAAAGCAUGCUCAGAACUGUCGAGCAGUCCACGGCCGAAAACAUGACAGGUGUCAUGGUCACGCCCGAUGGUUCCUACGUCAUUGCUACGCCUGACUCAGGGUCCUGGCAGCGGACGCGUGCGAGAGCACGACCGCUGUCGAAAACAGACGUGUAUCAGUCGAUGCCGUCUGAUCCGACACUAGCCUGCCCGCUGUGCACGAAGCUGAUGCGCGAUGCCGUGAAGACAUCAUGCUGUCAAACGUCCUUUUGUGAAGAGUGCGUCCAGACGCACCUCUUUGAGCACGACUUUGUGUGUCCCGAGUGUGAGAAGCGCAUUCCCGAUAUCGAAAUGCUCAAAAUCGACGACGUGCUUCGCAAGAAGAUUCGCGAGUACGUGGAAAAGGCCAUUGCUCGCAGCGAAGAGGCCUUUGAGCAGGGCACGGGUGUGGACGAGGAAGCGGCUCAGCAGGCGGCAGUGUCCGAGUUUGCUGCGACGGGGCAGCAAGACAAGGGGUCAUCUGACGAGCCUCCCGCUGCCGAGGCGGCGACGGCGGCAGCGCCGCCUCCGCCGCCACCGGAGAACACGGCGGCAGCACCCGCGCCGAGCGGACCCACCUUCCAGCCCCAGUUGGUGCAGCAGCUCGUCAUGAUGCUGCAGAAUCCCCAGCUGCCGAUGCCGAUGCGCAUGCAACUGCAGAUGCAGCUGCAAUUUCAGCAGAUGCUCUUUUUCCAGUCUUUUGCAGGUAUGCCGCCGCCUCCAGCACCCGAUACCACGAAGCGACGGCAUGCGGACGAAGACGCUACCGACCGCCAUGACAAACAAACCCGACUAAUGUAG